UCAAAGUUAAGGAAGAUCAAAGCACUAGAAAUGGCUCUGUCUGACAUGCUGUACUGGGCUAUUGGAAUAGCUGUAAUGCAAGCGGUCUACUGCCAAGAGAAUUUUAUUAAAGUUGAAUGCGAUCCUGAAAACCAGGUGGUAUAUAGCCAGCAGGCAGUGCUGAAUUGCAAAGUGGUGUCUAUCAAGAAAGACUUCCAAAUUAUCAAAAUGAUGUGGUGCAAAGUGGAGGCUGACAAAUGUGUUGGUAAAACAAUGCUGACGUUUGAAAACGGAAAAUGGUCAGCUGAAGAUGCACGUUUCUCUAGUGGUGCACUGGAGUGGAAUGAGAAGGAGCUGAGUGUGUCACUGCUGGUGCAGAAAACCCAGGUGUCUGAUCAAGGGAGCUAUCGAUUCAUGAUAAGCACUGACACUGGCUAUGAAAAAGGAAACACCUACCUUAGGGUUACAGCUCCAUAUUCAGUGCCUGUAAUAAGUUCAGUACCAGGGAUCAACAUAGAGGAUUCAAUGCCAGUGACCCUGACUUGCAAUGCAUCAGGGGGUUACCCACCAGGACAGAUCCACUGGUUUGACCAGUUAGACUCCAAUUGGACAAAGAGUUCUGCAUUAAGCACCAUACCCACUCAAGAUGGACGCUUCAACUUGAGCAGCGUCUUCACCACGACAGCGUCCUCCUCCAUGGCUCUAUAUAAAUGUGUUGUCGUCAACGACAAGAUGGACAAACAAAGGGCAGAAUAUCAGCUGGCAAUUGGUCCAGGGAAGCAGGAAGGAACGAAGAACGUCAAGGCCAUAACCGCUGUUUUUGUAGUGGUCGGGGUCCUAGCCUUCGGCAUUCUGAUUUUAUAUAUUCAUCGGAGACGAUCACGAGGUCAAUGUGAAAAGUCUGUGGAGGAUGUGGAGGAUGAGGAGGAUGGGAAAGCACUAAACAACAGUUGAGGGUGUCUGUGCAGCCAGCUCCAGACUAAUUGUAUGUCAGCCUGCAAGGACCAUGUCUGCCUCUCUGCACACUAUGAUAAUCGGGACUAAUGCCACCAUUCAUGCAGCACACAAGGGCCCAUACAUAAAAAAUGAUGUGGGUUUUAACAAUGCGCUGCUCUAUAUUUGCAACUUUCGCUUUACUUUGGUCAGAAUCUCUCAGGAUGUGCAAAAAAUGAAAUAAAAUUGAAUAUCCAAUACCAUCGUGCAAUUUAUAAAUAAUUUCUCAAAAAGUGUUCAUCUGGUACAUAGGUAAGAAAAAAGUUUCACACAAAUGUGCUUUAGUCCAGCCAGACCAUCAUGAGUGUGCAUGUAAGCAAACAGGUGACUCAAUAUUAUUUGAGUCAAACAGGUGACUCACAUAAUAUUGUAACGUGCUAUCAGCCCCUUAGGGGUUCUAGAGUAAGCCGACCUAUAGCACGUUACAGGGUAUUGAUUGAUAGGUGAGGGUCCUAUGGGGUUUUUUCAUAGGUUUUAUUUGGGCUGUGAUAGGAGGCUGGACUCCAAAGUGGGUGGGAUAAGGGAAGGAUUAAGCAGGCAUGCUUGGGGUUCGCCUAGGCCACAUUAACAUAUGCAACAAAAUAGACAUUUUGCUACCAGUAUAAUUUUAUUUAGCACUGGUUUUAAAAACACCCAACCUACUAAAAAAUCAACUUUUUCAUUUUUGAAUUGCUUAAACUAUUGAAAGGGACAGGCACAAAUUGCUUGAGCUGAUCUCUGGAACAAUCACAUGUCUGUGGAUGCAGUCUUUAAGCAGACUUAAAGGUAUUACAAAUGCUGUUCAUUUAACAAAUACAAUAUGUUAACAGAAAAACACUUUACACAAGCGCAUAUAUAUAUAUAUAUAUAUAUAUAUAUUAUAUUAAUGACAAUAAGAUUUGCUGUUGUAACUCCAGCCAUGUUUGAAUUAUUUUCAGUUACUAAUAUAUUUCAGGUGCCUUUUCUUCCUUUUUUUUUUUAAAGUACACCAAAUGCACACCGCAAAUGUAGCGGCGGUCAUAUGCAAUGUGAAAUUCUUGUUCCUGUGGGUUUUAGCCUUAGUCAAAGGUCUCUGGGCCACCCAAACUAAACCACCUGUUUCUAUUAGAUUUUAUGAAAACAGCAUCAUGCUAUAUUUGUGUGUUUGUUCAUCCCUAGCUACAGUGAUAGUUGAUAAAGACUUCUACUAACUUAGUUUUAGUUUUACGUGAACAUGUUUAUUUCGUAUGCACUUGUUUUGUUUUUAUUAAAAAGGGAUGAUCUGCUCCUCUCAUUAAAGUUAACCAUGCAGUUUAAAAGCAAUUGUGAUAACAUUAAGGAGUAACUGUGUAAUGCUGUUUUUUUUUUUUUUUAAUUACUAAGCCUUAAUGAAUGACUACUGCAAUCAGAUAUCAUUUUUUUAAACAAUCUGUGUUAUGUACUGUGUAUUAAAUAAAAUAAAAACAAUCUAAUGAACUCUAA